CUUCUUUCAAGAGGCUUUUGUCCAUUUUAUAGAGAGAGAAAAACAGAACAAAGUAACAGAAUUUCAGAGAGAGAAUUUCUGUAAAACUAAACAUUUAAGUCAUUCAUUUGAAUUUGAUCGUUGCUUCAGCAGGUGAUUGUAUGGAGAGUUGUAUCAAAUUUAUGCAAAAAAGAAAAAUGCAGCUAUUUGUUAUUUUCCAUUAACGUCUGAUCGGGGUUUUGCGUAGGCAGUUUGACAUGAUGAUUGGUUAUUUUCUGGAAAAAAUUGUUAAUUGAGGAUUGUUGAUCAUGUUCAUGAUUUUCUGUAUGUUCAUUUUGGUUUAAUUUAUGGAUGGAUCUGUUUGGUCGCUGAGAAAUGGAGGGAAAUGUUAUAGAAUAGAAUGUCAACUGGCAUAUACGAGUUGAAGCGGAAUCUGGGGUGAGGCACCUUUUUGUUUGAUGAAUUCACAUCUUUAUGUUUGAUGAGUUAUCAUUUGUAUGCAUUUUUGAGAUAUGAAGUUGAAGAAGGGGCUUGAUCAUGGUCUUAAUGGGUUCCAUGUUGCCACUAUUCCUAAGGCUCCUCGAUCAAACAGGAGGAGGGCUCAACUUAAGAAGACGGAUGAGGAUAGUGAAAUCUGUGCUUUUGAUUUGCUGGCUUCUUUAGCCAGAAAGUUAUUGCAGGAGUCUGAAAGUUCUUCUGCUUCUAGUAAUGCAUCAGGAAAUGAUCAUACUGCCAGUGGUAAAGAUGCUGUUCAAGAUGGAUGCCAAUUUCAAGAUAAACCAUUGAAAACAGAUUGCCUUGAGCAGGGAAGCUGUGAAGGGAGUGUCGUCGUCUCUCAGUCAGCGUCACAAAAUUGUGACCAGAAGUGCUCAUUAAAUGAGUUCCCACUUGCUGAAGAUGAUGACAUCUUGGAACGCACUUCAAAAGUUAUUGAUUCUGGUUUCUCGGGCAAUAUAGGGGGUGAUGCAAUUUACAAAAGCAAUAUAAUGAAUGUGAAUAUUCCAAGUAAAGUGGAGGGAGGCUCCCCAAAUUUUGGGGAGUCAUUUUAUAAUGGCAUGGAGAAUGUACUUGAACAACAGUUGGAGACUAAAGGUAUGGAGAAAGGAGGUCUGAAUAGAGCUGAAACAUGCAGUUCAAGGGAUCCAACAGAACUGCGUGUGACGUUUCCAGCAUUGAUCAAUUCUGACAGAGAUGUCAAAUUGCCAUCAUGCAGGAACCGUGUUUCUAAUUCCCUUUAUUCAAGGCAUAGGAAUGCCAAUAAGUUAGGUGUUAGAGAUGACGACGAUAAUUUAUCUAGGACCAGCAAAAUUAGCAACAAGUUAAAGGUAUAUAGGCCAGUGACACGUAUUAGAGAUCGAAGAAUAAGGAAAUUGCUGACAUCUAAAUACUGGAAAACAGCUCCAAAAUUGAAGGACUUUGAACUUUCUAGAGCUGAUGGUGGAGUAAAGCCUCUACAUCGCAAGAGGAAACCUUACAACAGUGAGAGGUGUCAGCGUGAUGCUCUUCAUAAGAGGAGGAAAUUUUAUGGUCACAACUCACUAGAUACUUUCGAUGGGGGAUUCAGCAGUGAAAGUGUUACAAAUUCACCUGAGAAGGGGAGGAAUGGAGACAAAAGACGCUUACCCCCAAUGUCCCAUGGAGCAAGUGUGGUGAUAUCUUCAGUUGCAGGUCAUCAAACAUCUCUCCUCUCCAAGGAUUCUAAUGUAAAGUUCAGCAUUAAAUCCUUCAAGGUUCCAGAGAUUUUUGUUGAGGUCUCAGAAACUGCUACUGUUGGUUCUCUGAAGAGGACAGUAAUGGAUGCAGUGACUGCUAUACUUGGUGGUGGACUACGUGUGGGAGUACUUCUUCAUGGGAAGAAGAUUAGAGAUGACAACAGAACUCUGUCACAAACUGGUAUUUCUUCUGAAGACAGUCUUGAUACUCUGGGUUUCACUUUAGAGCCCAGUCCUGUGCAAGGCCCCCCACCUCUGUGCUGUGCUGAAGAUCCUCCACUUUCGUUACCAUGUGACACACCCCAACUUGCACCAAGGUCUCCCUUGACUCCUGCUUUAGAUUCAGCCAUUCCUAACGCCUUACCUGACCCUCGUCCUCCAACCAGUGAAGAAAACCAUGUAGAAAGUAAUCAUGAACCCAUGACCCCCCACACUGACUUACUACCUGACACAAGUUUGUCAGAUUCGAGAGCUAUAGUUGCUGUUCCACCGAUUAAAGUUGAGGCACUAGCUGUGGUUCCUGUGAACAAUAAAAUUAGGCGAACUGACAUUGCACAGCGUCGAACCAGGAGACCAUUUUCUGUAUCAGAAGUAGAAGCACUGGUGCAGGCUGUUGAGGAACUUGGAACUGGGAGGUGGCGUGAUGUCAAAUUGCGUUCUUUUGAGGAUGCUGAUCAUCGAACUUAUGUGGACUUGAAGGAUAAAUGGAAAACACUGGUUCAUACUGCAAGAAUAGCUCCUCAACAAAGAAGGGGAGAGCCUGUACCCCAGGAGUUGUUGGACAGAGUCUUGGCAGCCCACGCUUACUGGUCUCAGCAUCAGGCAAAACAGCAAGGCAAGCAUCAUCCUGGAAUACUGAAAAUUGAAGGCCAGGCCGAGGAAGAUGGAAUACCUGCUAUCUAAUUGUGAUGAUGUAAAAAGAAAGGUAAAUUGUGGACAGGAACAGUGAAAACGAAAACUGUACAAAAUUUAUUCAAAAUUAUGUAAUAUUCUCACACUUACAUGAUUCAUGGCCGGCUUUUGUAAAUGAUUUGGUGAAAAUAAGAUCAUUCUAACCAAACUCACAGUUUUAAUUGAUUCAAUUGCUGUAAUUCAUAUUUGUUGAACUUUUGAGGAAUGAAGAACUAGAACAGCUAAUGUAGUUUUACAUU